AUGAUAUCUGGCAGACUAAAAAAUUUUCGCAAAGGAAUUGAAGAUGUACGUGAAGGAAAAGAGCAUGCAUUGGAAGCGAUUCGAAAAGAUCUAACUUCAAUACCAUAUAUCCCAGAACUUGCGAAAUUGGAUCAUUUACGCUCUCUAACUUUGGCUCAUAAUAAAAUUACAGAAAUACCUCAGGAAAUAUCAACAUUACAAGGAUUAGAACAUCUAAAUCUUUUUAACAAUUGCAUUAUGAAUAUCUCUCCGAAAAUUGUCGAGUUAACGUACUUACGAUCCUUAAAUCUUGGAAUGAAUAAACUCUCAGUUUUACCUCGUGGUUUCGGUGCAUUUCCAUCUCUUGAAAUUCUUGAUUUAACGUAUAAUAACUUACGUGAGACAAGUUUGCCUGACAACUUUUUCAACUUGAUAACACUUCGGGCGUUAUAUCUAUCGGAUAAUGAUUUCGAACAUAUUCCACCGGGUAUUGGAAAACUUGUGAACUUAGAAAUAUUAGCUCUGCGGGAUAAUGAUCUUGUGUCUUUACCGGCUGAAAUGUGUUUGCUUACUCGAUUAAAAGAGCUUCAUCUUCAAAACAACCGCCUUGCUGUACUACCUCCUGAAUUAGGUGUAUUAGAUCUUUGUGGACCUAAACAAGUGGCUAAACUGUCAGGUAAUGAUUGGGUUUCACCAAUUGAAGAUCAAUUACAAGUUGGACUUUCUCAUGUCUUUGACUACAUACGAUCUGAAACUUAUAAAUUCUUAUAUCAACGCCAUAUAGCUGCUGAUAAUAAACCAAGACCGAUAGCUGAUAAAUCAAAGAAAAUCAGUCGAAAAGUUCAAUAA